AAAAUAUCCCCCCUGGGUAUGUUCUGUGACAGGAACUGUCUGUGAACUGUCUCUAGGCCCUGAUGUAAACAAAAGGGUCAAAAGUUGACUAUUUAGUGAAAGUUUAUUAAUUAUAGUUUAUGAAUAAAUAAAAGAUAGGCUGCUAAAUGUGAUGACGGCGUCUAGGGCGAUACGAGGCACAAAAGCCAAAGUGAUUUUGUACAUUGUUUUGUUUUUUACUUUCGCAGGUCUAAUUAGUAUGUUCAACGAUAUAAUCAGUAAACUCGAUGAGGCUAAAAAUUCAAAUGUGAUGUGCCAUCAACAACAGGAAAACCUUUCCACUCAGCUACAUGUAAUAUCAGAAUAUAAGGAAAAAUUGGAGGAGAACCUCAAAAUUGACCAAGCAGAACUGCAGGAGAACAAAGGCAUUUGGGAGACUAAAGUUAAGGAGGAACGGGAUCGUGCUCAGAAGCUGAUUGGCGAUGCCCAAAUGAAAUAUAACUCUAUGUUGCAGCAUUUUAAAUUGCUUCAGACCGAAUUCGAUGACUUCAAGGAACUCAGCAGUGGUUCACAGAAAAAGCAAUUAGAGGAAAUAAACAGUUUGCAAUCAAAACUAAAGAAAGUUGAGGAGGAAUUGAAAAAAGUUUCUGAGUCGAAGGAGGAGAUUAAGACUCAGUUAAUUAAAUUGGAAUUGGAGAAUGGGGAGUUAAAAACAGUGAAUCGAUUGAAUCACGUUAAUGAAUCUAUUAAAUUCUAUUUAGAUGAACACAAUGCCAUGUACCAAAAGUACACCGCCCUAAAGAAAAAAUGUGGUAAUUAUUCCGAAGAAAACCCUGCCACUUUACCUAAUGCUGAUCUAGCCAAUAAGCCAUCAGAGAAGGCGGUUCUAAAUUUGCCAGGCCUUAAAAUGGCUGAAAACCCCAGUAGUUCUACAAAGGCUGUGCCAAAAGUGUCUCCAUCGGAAGGAGCCUUGAAUGGAGCCCGGCCUCUUCUUGUGCCCAAUGUUACGCCAGAAUCAGCUAAGAAAAAAGGAAACCUGAAGCCACCACAAGGCGUGGUAGAGCCACCAGACAGAGAAAACCAAAACGAGCAACCUCAAGUUCAGUUUGAGAAAAAAGAUCUUAAAGAUGAUAUUGAAAAGGACAAUGUGGCACAAGAAGUGUUUGAUGGGCCUCAAAACAACAUCGAAGGAGGACUAGCGUUUGAUGAUGGCCUGAUGAAACCCGCUCUAAACUUAGGUCAGAAGAAGGAUGAUAAAAAACACGACGACCAAGAAUAUAAAGAUAUCCAGCGAGAAGAGGAGGGCGAUGAUGACAUGGAUGAUUAUGAUAACCAUCAAGGCAGAGCCGAAGAUAUUGCAGUUAGGAACUAGCAUUCAUAAAAAUCUCUGGAUUUAUGUCCGCAGUAGGUAACCAAACUAUCUGUAUUAUAUCCGUUAAGUAUUACUAGUUAGAUUUUGUAUAUAAAUUGUCGGUUUUACUUUCAAUAUCAAACUUACUUUGUCCGUUGCGUUUAGUUCACGCAACUCAGUUAUGAAUAUGCAACAAUAAGUAUGCUUCUGAUCUAAUUUUAAAGGCAACAACAUUACAAAAAGUUAGCAUAAAAUUGUGUAUUGUGAUCAUUUAACAGGAUUCUCAGCUCAGUUUUGUAAGCCAGCAGUGGCAAAGUUUAGCUUAUAUAAUUAGAAUAUAUUGUAGGGAAAUGAAAAGAGUACUAAAAAGCAUGAAAAAUUGCUAGUUAGACUUAUUUUAUUCUUUAUUGAAUAUCAAUCAUUAGCAAACCGAUGCUUAUAGAAGGAAACUUCCUUUCUUCGGUAAUAGACCUUGCAGUUAAAUCACACUAUUUUCCGAACACCUUGCAGGUUUUCAGUGUAGAAUUAAUCUUUAGUUUGCAGUAAAUCAUCGUAGAAUAGUCUGCAUCGUCAAAUAUUUUUUUAUAUUAGCGAAAAUAUAUUUUGUGUUUUUCAGUGCAACUAUUUAGUGCAUACGCAUUUAUGAAAUAGGCCGAUUUUUAGUUAAGUUUAGUCAUAUCAACGGGUUGUUUAUUGAUUUUUUUAAAGCGUAAAAUUGUAUUAUAGGAUUAAAUAUAUUAUGGCUGAUUUUCUA